GGCGCCUCCCGAUUGCAACAAUGUUGUUAUUCAACGAUAUAACCGGAAAUCAGAAUGACCUGAGGGCGCCAAAUGUCUUCCUUGUGCGGUAGGUGGAGCGUGCCCAAAUAUUCAUCCAAGCCAGUUCAGGAGAAUGUGUGACACUGGCUACAGACUUUGAGAAGAUGGUGGGUCAAAGUUCGUCUUGGUGCGUGUGACAUUUCGGUUCGUAUCAAAGUGACAACGUUAUCAAGCUGUCAGGGCGUAGAGUAUAAAGGGCUGACAUGGAGACCUUAUGUUACGACUUUGAUAAUUCACUGUGGUCAAGCCCCGCCCACUAUCAAUCAGGUGACACUGACAGGCAAUCGGGUUAUGAUAAAGUGGAUUCGAAGCUUCAGUCCAAGGAUCUGAUGCCUUAUGUUAAGAGUUGUAAAAUGUUCUCGAGGAAAGAAAAUCCUGCUGAUUGUAUGAAUGAAGUCGCUGGUCAUCGAAAAUCGCGAAAGGAAUAUUUGAACAACGAAUGCGCUUUUGUCUUUGGCGAUAAUAUACAACCUCUGUACAAGUUCAGGGGACGGUCGGCAGGGAAAAUGGAAAACAAACAAAAGAGGCAUUCAAGAAAGUGUGAUGUCGACCUCGGUAGUUUGAGAACCACUGAUUCUCCGAGACCAAAGCGGGACCAGUGUGAGCUAAACAAUAACUCGCGCGUAAACAAUGACGACUCGUCAGGUAUGACGUCGGUCAAAGACCUCAACCAGCCAGAUUUCCAACGUUUUCUCAACGAUGUGUUAGUGGAUGAUGACCAGUGCCAUCCAGAUCCGGAAGUCCUGUCCUUCCUGGCAAUGCUCUUCAGCGAAGGCGUCAAUCUUGAACGCUACACGGGAAAUUCUGUGCGGGAUACGAAUGUCCCUUCUGAGACCUCCACGAGUGGGUUGUGUCAAAACGUCCAAAACUUUUUAGCGUCAGUGGUGACGGGGAAAUGCGCGCGAGAGAUGCACUGGCAUAUUUUAAGCUUCUUGAAGUUCCUGCUGCAAGAAGAUCCUACGAACUUGGAAGACACGCAGGACAGCACGCGCUAUACCAGCGCCGCUGCGGAGUGUCCCCAAGUUUUCAGGGCAGUCGACAUCCUGUCGGAGCUGAAUAAGAACAAUCACAGGGCUUGCUGUAUGCCCACCUUGAGGAAACUCAACAGGGAUCUAAAGAGGGUCUGCGAACAGAACCGUUGUCUCAGAGCGGAGAAUUUAGAACUUCGGUAAGAAGUAGGGGUGUUUUAGAGUUGGAUGGGGUGGGGUUUGAAGAAUGUGACACCCUAUGGGGGUUGUUUGUGCGUUUAAUGGCGCCAUAAUUGUUGUGAUAUUGUUAUUAUGUCCAUGACUGGGGGAAUUAUGAUAAUUAAUCGAGUAAAUUGAAAUCACCUCUAGUCUAACUUUAUGGACAUCAAUACGUGUCUAAAUUCCUUGACAUCAGUACUAGUCUAACUUUAUUGACAUCAAUAAUAGUCUAACUUCAUUGAUUUCAGUACUAAUCUAACUUCAUUGACAUCAGUACUAGUCUAACUUCAUUGACUUCAGUGGUUGUCUAGUUUAUGACAUAAAGAGUACCUUUGUGUAAAUAAUUAAAAGCAGCACUUUUAUCUACUUCAAUGAUCUACAUACUUUUGUUAAACUUGUCUGUAGUCAUUGUCUAUACUACAUAUGGAUUUGAACCCCAGUCUGCCAACAUCCUUGAACACCAGUCUGAAAGCCCCCAUGUCCCAGGCCCUUACUGACCAUACCAAUAAUACAAAUUAACAUUCCAUACAAGAUAGCAUUACCCCAACAUUAUUCCCACGGCUAUUUCAACCUGUGACAAUGGUGGCCCUCUCUCCCUGUAUUUUGUUUGCUGCAAUUUAAUAAGGUUGGAGUUGUGACGUCAAUCGACGCAUUCUUGUCACAUGAUGACAUCAGGCCUACGACUGCCAAACCCCUCCCAGUACCCACCCUCGACUGCCCCGACCCAACCAGUACCCACCCGAUGACAGCCCCGACCCACCAAGUACCAACCCUACAACAGCCUCCCCCCUCCAACAUUACCCACCCUACGACUGCCCCACUUCAUUCAGUACCCAUCCUACGACUGUCCCACCCCAUCUGAUGACAGCCCCGACCCAACCAGUACCCACCCGAUGAUAGCCCCGACCUACCAAGUACCCACCUUCCAACAGCCUCCUCCCCCCCCCCCCCCUCCCCGACCCCACCCGUCCCCCCCCGAUGAUAGCCCCGACCUACCCAGUACCCCCCUUACAACCGCCCCCCCCCCCCCCCCCCACAAACAGUACCCACCUCACGAUAGCUCCUCUCACAUCCACAACUGAACAUGUUCUUCCAUUGAUAUAGAAAUCCUUUUUGUCCACUUUCUUGAUUCGAUUACCCUCGUCCUUGACCUCCUCCUAGGCACAAAAACAUACGGUGAACGAUCGUUCUCUUUCUGUGCCCCCAAACAAUGGAACUCUCUCCCACUACACAUAAUAUGCAAUAUACCGACCAUCACAGCCUUCAAACUGCACUCAAAACACUCUUUAAACUCUACUAUCCUGACUAAUCCCCCCCCCCCCCCCCCCCCCCCCCCCCCGUUUCUGAUCGAUAAACGAUGAGGCUUGGUAGCCGUCCAUAGUUGGACAUGUCAAUAGUUCUGGAAUGUCUGGAGUGAAGAUACAUUUGUUUUGUUUCAUUUAAUUAAUGUAUGUUAAUUUUUAAGUUCAUGAUUAUGUUGUUAAAUUGUAUGAACAGCGUGGUGAGCCCAGCCCUAGGCUGGAGUACCGCCCCAUAUACAAACACUAAUAAUAAUAAUACCCCCCACACUCUUUUUGUCAUCCGUUCACCCAUGACUGCACACACACUGUUACAAGUUGCAACCGUAAAAUCUCUCAUUUCAAAGUGAACUAUUUCAACAAGUCUAUUUUUUAAUUGAUGUCAUUUUAUCAACUGUAUGGUGCAACAUACCUUGCUAUUUUAAUUCGAUAUAAGUUAAAAUGACAUGUUAAAAUGUCAUAAGUUAAAAUGACACGUUAAAAUGUCAUAAGUUAAAAUGACACGUUAAAAUGUCAAAAGUUAAAAUGACAUGUCAAAAUAUCAUAAGUUAAAAUGACACGUUAAAAUGUCAUAAGUCAAAAUGACACGUUAAAAUGUCAUAAGUUAAAAUGACAUGUUAAAAUGUCAUAAGUUAAAAUGACAUGUUAAAAUGUCAUGAGUUAAAAUGGCACGUUAAAAUGUCAUAAGUUAAAAUGACAUGUUAAAAUGUCAUAAGUUAAAAAAAACACGUUAAAAUGUCGUAAGUUAAAAUGACAUGUUAAAAUAUCAUAAGUUAAAAUGACACGUUAAUAUAUCAUAAGUUAAAAUGACACGUUAAUAUAUCAUAAGUUAAAAUGAUUCGUUAAAAAGACAUAUGUUAAAAUUACAUGGGUUAAUAAUUAAAUUACUAAAAUGACACGAGUAAAAUGACAUGAGUAAAAUGACAUGAGUAAAAUGACAUGAGUAAAAUGACACGAGGGCAAAUGACACUAGUAAAAUGACAUGGACAAAUGACACGGGUAAAAUGUCACGGGUGAAAUUACCUUAAUGAGAUGUGUGUGUGUGUUUUUUUUGUUUUUUUUUUUUUUUUUGCCAGAAAUAAUAUUUGCCUGCACAAGAAGAUGGCUGCCGAGGGGUGUGCAAAGAUUCUCAACGCCAUCAUCAAAUACUGCGAAGCUCAGGGGGGAUGUAGCUCGUCAUGUCCCCCUCCUUGUUUUUUUUGUUUUUUUUUUUUUUUUUGCCAGAAAUAAUAUUCGCCUGCACAAGAAGAUGGCUGCCGAGGAGUGUGCAAAGAUUCUCAACGCCAUCAUCAAAUACUGCGAAGCUCAGGUGGAAUGUAGCUCGUCAUGUCCCCCUCCUAAAGAAUGUCCAGGUAAAUGCAGCUCGUCAUGUCCCCCUCCUAAAGAAUGUCCAGGUAAAUGUACCUCGUCAUGCCACCCUCCUAAAGAAUGCCCAGGUGAAUGUAGCUCGUCAUGUCCCCCCUCCUAAAGUUUUAGGACAUAUUCUAUUCUCCAUGUACACUAGCCAGCUCGGCAAAAUUAUUGAAAGUCAUGGUAACUAUACAAGUGUUUCCUCCCUGAUCCCUUGGAGUGUGCUGCUGCAGUUCAGGCUGUCGAGGACUGCUGUCUUGCUGUGAAAGAAUGGAUGUCAUCAAACAGACUAAAGUUAAAUUAUGAUAAGACUGAGGCAAUUAUUUGUGGUUCAGACACCAAUCUUCGAAAGUUACCAUCGCUUCAAUAAAAGUUGGUGAAUCAGAGAUCCCGUGGUCCUCGACCUUGGCUUUUAUAUUGACAGUAAACUUAGCAUGAUUCCCCAUAUCAGUUAUGUGGUCUGGGCAUGCUUCUGUCACCUGCGCACCCUGGGUCUGCUGCAUCCUCAACUCAAUAUGAGAACAGCCAAUGCUGUAGCGAUAACUCUAAUCCAGUCAAUAUUAGAUUACUGUAACAGUUGUUUGUGGGGUUUACCUCGGAGCCAAAUUCAGAGACUCCACAAGAUACAAAAUACUGCAACACGCAUUGUAUCGCGGAUAAAGAAAUCUGACCACAUCACCCCAGUUCUACGAGAUCUCCAUUGGGUUUCUGUGAGUGAGCGCCUUAACUACAAAAUUCUGCCCCUGGCGUACAGCUGCAUAGAUGGCUCAGCACCGGAAUAUCUUAAAGAACUGAUUUAUAAACAUGUAUCCUUAAAGAGCCUGCAGUCUUCAACACAGUACUUACUGAGAGUUCCUAGAGUGGAUAAACACAGAAAAAAGUCGUACGGAGUGCGCUCUUUUGACGCGAUAGCGCCAAAAUUAUGGAACAGUUUGCCUCAAUCUUUGAGGGGAAAGGAAAAUGAUUAAAAAAUCGUUUAAAAAACAUUUUUACAAAUUUCUGUUUAAGAUAAGAUUAUUUUAUUGAUCCAAACAAAUAUCCAGGUGAAUGUAGCUCGUCAUGUCCCCCUACUAAAGAAUGUCUAGGUAAACGUAGGAGGGGGGCGAGCUACAUUCAACUGGACAUUCUUUGGUAGGGGGACAUGACAAGCUACAUUCAACUGGACAUUCUUAGGUAGGGGGACAUGACAAGCUACAUUCAACGGGACAUUCUUUGCUAGGGGGACAUGACAAGCUACAUUCAACUGGACAUUCUUUGGUAGGGGGACAUGACAAGCUACAUUCAACUGGACAUUCUUUGCUAGGGGGACAUGACAAGCUACAUGCAACUGGACAUUCUUUGGUAGGGGGACAUGACAAGCUACAUUCAACUGGACAUUCUUUGGUAGGGGGACAUGACAAGCUACAUUCAACUGGACAUUCUUUGGUAGGGGGACAUGACAAGCUACAUUCACCUGGAUAUUCUUUAGGAGGGGGACAUGUGUGCUGACAAUGUUUAACAGUAACCUGUUAGUAGCAUUUUUACAUUUCUGAUCCUUGCCAGUUCAAUUUUCAAGUUUUUUUAAACUAUUUUCUAUUUUUUUUUUUUGUUCAUUUGUCUUUUCUGCUGAGGAAGAGAUUAGAUUGUUCUUCGUUUAUUAUUCUUUCUUUAUGGUUCAAAUGAUAAUGGCGUGUUGUAGUGUGCUUUUAUUGAUUUUUAGUUUGUUGUUUUGUUAGUUUGUUUUCUGCGUUGAGAGCAAGGAGUACGCGUGCACCAUCAACCUCGGCGGUGCGCACUUGUUUCCACCAUCAACCUCGACGGUGCGCACUUGUUUUCACAAUGAACCGCACAUUUGUGGCGUUAGGCGGAAGUCACUAGGAUUGUCUGGUCACCGCCAUAGUUUCAGCCUUUUUCAAAAUAACCUCUCAUUUUUUAGAAACAUGCUUUGAAAAGAAUUCCAGAGAAAUUUUUCAUUCUAAAGACGUGUAAUUGGGCCAGAAUGGCGAUUUUCAACAACUCUGCGAAAUCUCUAAAGCAUACUGACAGCUUGGCAUUGGUUUAACGAUCGGAUGGAUUUAUUUGCCGGCUAAGUCAUUAAGUCUGUACAUUUUAAUUGUUGAAUCAGGUACCAAAUCAUUGCAACUUGCUGCUAUCGCCAGCACGGCAAUGACAGUCAGUGGUUCGGAAAACACUGAAUUCAUUCAACAAUCAAUGCCAUAAAUUCCCCGAGCUGACUGAAAUAUUUCUGCUCAGCAACCUCGGAUCUGAUAGGUUGCUGAGGUACAGUUGAUAAGCUUGCAGAUGCCAACUUUAAAUAAAUGAGCACGGAUAGAAGAUGAUGGUAUGCGUGCGACAGGAGGAAAUUGAUCGCGUUCGAAGGCGCAACUGUAGAAUUCGUAACGCAAAUCACAUCCUGAAGACGACCCUGAAGAAUCUUUGCGACAGGCCGUACAGCGAGUGCGAUAAAAUCCUGCAGUCCGUCGUGGACAUGUGCAAGAAAACGCCAUGCGAGUUCAACUGCAAUCACCCGUGCUGCUGCCCAUGUCCGGUCCCGUGCCUACCCUCAUGCCCAACGUCGUGCCCGCCCAGGCAGUGCUCCACGUCUUGCUACUGCACCGUGUGUCGACCGGUCAGGGUGUCCUGCGUGACGACGCCCUGCUGUGCUGGUAAAACCACGAAGUGCUACUGCUCGUGCUGCGUGGGCAUUUGUCCGGAGACGUGCUGCCCGCGGAAGCCUCUUUCUUGCUGUAAGCCCUGCACACAGAUAUGCAGUCGCUCUCUGUCUCCUUGCCGGAAGCCUUGCCUCAAGCCCAAUCCAUGCUGCUCUCCCCCGAAGAGGCGAUCCAAGAGCUUCUGUUCACCCAAGAGGUCAUCCUGCUGCAUUCCAGCCAAAGUUUGCGAUGAUUCAACAAAGUGCAAUAGAAAAGGUCUGUUUCACCAAAUGUUGUUAAGAUUAAAACAAAUUAGAAUUUGUUCAAAUGCUGUCCUGCAGACAUUUCACAUUUCUUAGAUCAAAAGAAGAUACAAGUUAAAGUAUAUCCUUAUGAUGACCCUUCUAUUCAGUUUUAUGCAGUUUUUGUCGCUUGGGGCGGCUUUUCCCUUUGGUGCCCCCUACUCGUGGCAAACUCAUAAUCGUUAAAAGCAAUGGAACUCUAGAAUGUGACAACCCAGAAAUAUACCGCCCAUGGGUGUCACAGCUGUGACAACAUGAAAUAGACCACCCAUGGGUGCCACAGCUGUGACAAACUGAAAUAGACCGCCCAUGGGUGUCACUGCUGUGACAAACUGAAAUAGACCGCCCAUGGGUGCCACAGCUGUGACAAAACUGAAAUAGACCGCCCAUGGGUGUUACUGCUGUGACAAACUGAAAUAGACCGCCCAUGGGUGUCACUGCUGUGACAAACUGAAAUAGACCGCCCAUGGGUGUCACUGCUGUGACAAACUGAAAUACAACUCCUAUUGAUGUCCAAAUGAUAAGAACACAACAUUUUAUCCCCCACCUUCCCUUCCAACUGAAUGUUGCUCUAGGAUAAUAAAACAAAUGCAUUUAGCCUGAUUUAAUGGAACAGUGCAAGUUGUUGCCGCCACUGAACUAUGUCCAAAAUAUAAACAAUUCUCUCUCUCUCUGUCUCUGUCUCUCUCUCUCUCUCUCUCUGUCUCUCUCUCUCUCGUCUACAAAUCAUCAGACCUGUGCUUGAUGCAGACAUGUACUUCAUGCAGGCCUGUACCUGAUGCAGGCCUGUAUCUGAUGCAGGUAUGUACCCGAUGCAGACCUGUUCCUGGUGCAGGCAUGUACCUGAUGCAGGCCUGUACCUGAUACAGACUUGUACCUGAUACAAACUUGUACCUGAUGCAGACCUGUUCCCGAUGCAGACAUGUUCCUGAUGCAGACCUGUACUUGAUGCAGACCUGUACUUAAUGCAGACCUUGACCUUGGCAUAUCUUUUGGUGGGUGACUACAUUCUUACGGCUAGUACUGAUUACAAUCUUCACUCACCCCUGUUCGGUCGUAAUUGUUGGUUAAAGCAUAAAUAUGUCGUCUGCUGGUCACGCUAAUGACCUUGACAUACUAUUUGACCGAAGGUAUUUGACUUCAGGUUAGUGAGGCAAUGGGCGAAAGGUGUCAUAAGCAUCAGCAUGAUUGAGAGACCGCAGGCGUCUCUUGCAGCCAAGGUCCGUUGACUUGACCCAUAAGGUUUAAGUACAGUAUUUUGUUUGUUAAAAUGGAAUUUACAAAAAGACUGCAAGGAUAUUAUAUUUGUCUUUUUAAAGACAACGUUGAUAUUUUAUUCUUCUGAAAUCAAAAUAUGUUCUUUUUUCUUUCUUUCUUGACCCUCAAAACUAGAUACAUUUGCGGGUUUCCUUGGGCGGCUGGGAGCAGGGUGUAGUAGCGGUGGAUGCGGGGGGUACACGCCCUCAGGGUGGAACAAGAUCAUGACCAAGACCAGGGCGUUGUGUGACAGUGACCCCUGCACGUGCUGCACGCCAAGCAACCCCUGUCGGCCAUCCUGCACACCAAGCAAUCCAUGCCGAACGUCCUGCAACCCGUGCAAGUCCUGCAGCCCGUGCAAACCAUACAACCCGUGCAGCCCUUGCAGUCCGUGCAAGCCAUACAACCCUUGCGACCCGUGCAGCCCGUGCAAGCCAUACAACCCUUGCAACCCGUGUAGCCCUUGCAAGCCGUAUUCCUCGUGCAACCCUUGCAGCCCUUGUAAACCAUACAACCCGUGUAGCCCUUGCAAGCCGUAUACGUCUUGCAACCCGUGCAAACCUUACAACCCGUGUUCUGACUCCACUUGCCCGCCAUACAAGUUCAAGUCCCUGUGCCGGCCGGCUCUUUGCUGCACUGACAUCUGCAAUUCACAAGCUCCGUCAGGUAAACAUCUUCAUUGGCAAUGUUUGAUUCUAAACUUAAUUCUCAUGUUGUUGUUGUUGUUGUUGUUGUUGUUGUUGUUGUUGUUGUUGUUGUUGUUGUUGUUGUUGUUGUUGUUGUUGUUGUUGUUGUUGUUGUUGUUGUUGUUGUUGUUGAGUUUCUAAAGUUUUGGGGUCUUGUUUUGCCAUCAUUUUUGUCCACAAUUCAAAGUUUUGUUAAGCUGUCUGUGGAGUCAUCUAUUCAUUAUGUGCCUUUGGGACUGACUACAACGUCCUGUUGAACAACGGUCAAAAAUGAUUAUUAUUUUUUAAAAUUAUUUCGACUGGAGACUUUUUGGAAUGUCGGUUUCGGUGCCAAAAGUUGACAUAGGAUCACUUUCGGCGUAGCUUCGGUCGAAACAGAAAAGUUAACUUUCGUUGACGUUCGGUUGCAGGCGUGUGCAUGUAUCACUUUAAUGUGUGCAUGUAUCACUUUAAUGUGUGCAUGUAUCACUUUAAUGUGUGCAUGUAUCACUUUAAUGUGUGCAUGUAUCACUUUAAUGUGUGCAUGUAUCACUUUAAUGUGUGCAUGUAUAACUUUAAUGUGUGCAUGUAUAACUUUAAUGUGUACAUGUAUCACUUUAAUAUGUGCAUGUAUCACUUUAAUGUGUGCAUGUAUCACUUUAAUAUGUGCAUGUAUCACUUUAUUGUGUGCAUGUAUCACUUUAAUGUGUGCAUGUAUAUGUGUGCAUGUAUCACUUUAAUGUGUGCAUGUAUCACUUUAAUGUGUGCAUGUAUCACUUUAAUAUGUGCAUGUAUCACUUUAAUGUGUGGACGUAUCACUUUAAUAUGUGCGUGUAUCACUUUAACGUGUGCAUGUUUCACUUUAACGUGUACGUGUAUCAUUUUAACGUGUGCAUGUUUCACUUUAACAUGUGCGUGGAUCACUUUAACGUGUGCGUGUAUUACUUUAACGUGUGCAUGUUUCACUUUAACGUGUGCGUGUAUCACUUUAAUGUGUGCGUGGAUCACUUUUAUGAGUGCAUGUAUUCCUUUCACGUUAUAAUUAUAUUAUAUAGAGGGCCUACUGUAUUUUCAUACUAAACGCAGCUCAGCAUUCGUACUUGAAGCCAUUGAGUUGAACAAUGUUGUCUUUGAUAACAUUUUAUUCAAUGAAUCUAAGAUAAUUAUACGUGCACUCUCUCUGUCUCUCUAAAACUGACUAAACGAUCUCUUCAAAUGCCCACAAUCAUACAACACUAGAUGCUAAACGGAUUGGUGGCUUUGCUGACUUUUUCAUGUUUUCCUCGACCUUGACCUACUUAUUUCCUUUCAAUUGCCUUAUCCCAGUCGCCCCCCCCCCCCUUUUUUCUUACACACACACACUUUUUUCUAUCUCCUUCCACAAAACUUCCAGACCUUCAAUAACACUUGCCUCAAAAAGUCCAGAACUUCUAAAAAACUUACCUCAAAAAUUUGAGAUCUUCUAAAACACUUACCUCAAAAAAUUCAGAUCUUCUAAAACACUCACCUCAAAAAGUCCAGACCAUCUAAAACACUUAACUCAAAAUGUCCAGACCCUCUAAAACACUUACCUCAAAAUGUCAAGACCCUCUAAAACACUUAGCUCAAAAUGUCCAGACCCUCUAAAACACUUAGCUCAAAAUGUCCAGACCCUCUAAAACACUUAGCUCAAAAUGUCCAGACCAUCUAAAACACUUAGCUCAAAAUGUCCAGACCCUCUAAAAAACUUAGCUCAAAAUGUCCAGACCCUCUAAAACACUUAGCUCAAAAUGUCCAGACCAUCUAAAACACUUAGCUCAAAAUGUCCAGACCCUCUAAAACACUUAGCUCAAAAUGUCCAGACCCUCUAAAACACUAAGCUCAAAAUGUCCAGACCAUCUAAAACACUUACCCCAAAAUGUCCAGACCCUUUAAAACACUUGCCUCAAAAAGUCCAGAACUUCUAAAAAACUUACCUCAAAAAUUUGAGAUCUUCUAAAACACUUACCUCAAAAAAUUCAGAUCUUCUAAAACACUCACCUCAAAAAGUCCAGACCAUCUAAAACACUUAACUCAAAAUGUCCAGACCCUCUAAAACACUUACCUCAAAAUGUCAAGACCCUCUAAAACACUUAGCUCAAAAUGUCCAGACCAUCUAAAAAACUUAGCUCAAAAUGUCCAGACCCUCUAAAACACUUACCCCAAAAUGUCAAGACCAUCUAAAACACUUAGCUCAAAAUGUCCAGACCCUCUAAAACAUUUAGCUCAAAAUGUCCAGACCCUCUAAAACACUUAGCUCAAAAUGUCCAGACCAUCUAAAACAUUUAGCUCAAAAUGUCCAGACCAUCUAAAACAUUUAGCUCAAAAUGUCAAGACCAUCUAAAACAUUUAGCUCAAAAUGUCCAGACCAUCUAAAACAUUUAGCUCAAAAUGUCCAGACCAUCUAAAACAUUUAGCUAAAAAUGUCCAGACCAUCUAAAACAUUUAGCUCAAAAUGUCCAGACCAUCUAAAAAAUUUAGCUCAAAAUGUCCAGACCAUCUAAAACACUUAGCUCAAAAUUUCCAGACCAUCUAAAACAUUUAUCUCAAAAUGUCGAGAACAUCUAAAACAUUUAGCUCAAAAUGUCCAGACCAUCUAAAACACUUAGCUCAAAAUGUCCAGACCCUCUAAAACACUUAGCUCAAAAUGUCCAGACAAUCUAAAACAUUUAGCUCAAAAUGUCCAGACCAUCUAAAACACUUAGCUCAAAAUGUCCAGACCAUCUAAAACAUUUAGCACAAAAUGUCCAGACCAUCUAAAACACUUAGCUCAAAAUGUCCAGACCAUCUAAAACAUUUAGCUCAAAAUGUCCAGACCAUCUAAAACAUUUAGCUCAAAAUGUCCAGACCCUCUGAAACACUUAGCUCAAAAUGUCCAGACCCUCUAAAACACUUAGCUCAAAAUGUCCAGACCCUCUAAAACACUUAGCUCAAAAUGUCCAGACCCUCUAAAACACUUAGCUCAAAAUGUCCAGACCCUCUAAAACACUUAGCUCAAAAUGUCCAGACCCUCUAAAACACUUAGCUCAAAAUGUCCAGACCCUCUAAAACACUUAGCUCAAAAUGUCCAGACCCUCUAAAACACUUAGCUCAAAAUGUCCAGACCCUCUAAAACACUUAGCUCAAAAUGUCCAGACCCUCUAAAACACUUAGCUCAAAAUGUCCAGACCCUCUAAAACACUUAGCUCAAAAUGUCCAGACCCUCUAAAACACUUAGCUCAAAAUGUCCAGACCCUCUAAAACACUUAGCUCAAAAUGUCCAGACCCUCUAAAACACUUAGCUCAAAAUGUCCAGACCCUCUAAAACACUUAGCUCAAAAUGUCCAGACCCUCUAAAACACUUAGCUCAAAAUGUCCAGACCCUCUAAAACACUUAGCUCAAAAUGUCCAGACCCUCUAAAACACUUAGCUCAAAAUGUCCAGACCCUCUAAAACACUUAGCUCAAAAUGUCCAGACCCUCUAAAACACUUAGCUCAAAAUGUCCAGACCCUCUAAAACACUUAGCUCAAAAUGUCCAGACCCUCUAAAACACUUAGCUCAAAAUGUCCAGACCCUCUAAAACACUUAGCUCAAAAUGUCCAGACCCUCUAAAACACUAAGCUCAAAAUGUCCAGACCAUCUAAAACACUUACCCCAAAAUGUCCAGACCCUUUAAAACACUUAGCUCAAAAUGUCCAGACCCUCUAAAACACUUAGCUCAAAAUGUCCAGACCUUCUAAAACACUUAGCUCAAAAUGUCCAGACCCUUUAAAACACUUAGCUCAAAAUUUCCAGAUCAUCUAAAACACUUAGCUAAAAAUGUCCAGACCCUCUAAAACACUUACCUCAAAAUGUCCAGACCAUCUAAAACACUUAGCUCAAAAUGUCCAGACCCUCUAAAACAUUUAGCUCAAAAUGUCCAGACCAUCUAAAACAUUUAACUCAAAAUGUCCAGACCAUCUAAAACACUUAGCUCAAAAUGUCCAGGCCAUCUAAAACAUUUAGCUCAAAAUGUCCAGAACAUCUAAAACAUUUAGCUCAAAAUGUCCAGACCAUCUAAAACACUUAGCUCAAAAUGUCCAGACCCUCUAAAACACUUACCUCAAAAUGUCCAGACCCUCUUAAACACUUAGCUCAAAAUGUCCAGACCCUCUAAAACAUUUAGCUCAAAAUGUCCAGACCAUCUAAAACACUUAGCUCAAAAUGUCCAGACCCUCUAAAACACUUAGCUCAAAAUGUCCAGACCCUCUAAAACACUUAGCUCAAAAUGUCCAGACCCUCUAAAACACUUAGCUCAAAAUGUCCAGACCCUCUAAAACACUUAGCUCAAAAUGUCCAGACCCUCUAAAACACUUAGCUCAAAAUGUCCAGACCCUCUAAAACACUUAGCUCAAAAUGUCCAGACCCUCUAAAACACUUAGCUCAAAAUGUCCAGACCCUCUAAAACACUUAGCUCAAAAUGUCCAGACCCUCUAAAACACUUAGCUCAAAAUGUCCAGACCCUCUAAAACACUUAGCUCAAAAUGUCCAGACCCUCUAAAACACUUAGCUCAAAAUGUCCAGACCCUCUAAAACACUUAGCUCAAAAUGUCCAGACCCUCUAAAACACUUAGCUCAAAAUGUCCAGACCCUCUAAAACACUUAGCUCAAAAUGUCCAGACCCUCUAAAACACUUAGCUCAAAAUGUCCAGACCCUCUAAAACACUUAGCUCAAAAUGUCCAGACCCUCUAAAACACUUAGCUCAAAAUGUCCAGACCCUCUAAAACACUUAGCUCAAAAUGUCCAGACCCUCUAAAACACUUAGCUCAAAAUGUCCAGACCCUCUAAAACACUUAGCUCAAAAUGUCCAGACCCUCUAAAACACUUAGCUCAAAAUGUCCAGACCCUCUAAAACACUUAGCUCAAAAUGUCCAGACCCUCUAAAACACUUAGCUCAAAAUGUCCAGACCCUCUAAAACACUUAGCUCAAAAUGUCCAGACCCUCUAAAACACUUAGCUCAAAAUGUCCAGACCCUCUAAAACACUUAGCUCAAAAUGUCCAGACCCUCUAAAACACUUAGCUCAAAAUGUCCAGACCCUCUAAAACACUUAGCUCAAAAUGUCCAGACCCUCUAAAACACUUAGCUCAAAAUGUCCAGACCCUCUAAAACACUUAGCUCAAAAUGUCCAGACCAUCUAAAACAUUUAGCUCAAAAUGUCCAGACCCUCUGAAACACUUAGCUCAAAGUGUCCAGACCCUCUAAAACACUUAGCUCAAAAUGUCCAGACCAUCUAAAACAUUUAGCUCAAAAUGUCCAGACCAUCUAAAACACUUAGCUCAAAAUGUCCAGACCCUCUAAAACACUUAGCUCAAAAUGUCCAGACCCUCUAAAACACUUAGCUCAAAAUGUCCAGACCCUCUAAAACACUUAGCUCAAAAUGUCCAGACCAUCUAAAACACUUAGCUCAAAAUGUCCAGACCCUCUAAAACACUUAGCUCAAAAUGUCCAGACCCUCUAAAACACUUAGCUCAAAAUGUGCAGACCCUCUAAAACAUUUAGCUCAAAAUGUCCAGACCAUCUAAAAAAUUUAGCUCAAAAUGUCCAGACCAUCUAAAACACUUAGCUCAAAAUUUCCAGACCAUCUAAAACAUUUAUCUCAAAAUGUCCAGAACAUCUAAAACAUUUAGCUCAAAAUGUCCAGACCCUCUAAAACACUUAGCUCAAAAUGUCCAGACCCUCUAAAACACUUAGCUCAAAAUGUCCAGACCCUCUAAAACACUUAGCUCAAAAUGUCCAGACCCUCUAAAACACUUAGCUCAAAAUGUCCAGACCCUCUAAAACACUUAGCUCAAAAUGUCCAGACCCUCUAAAACACUUAGCUCAAAAUGUCCAGACCCUCUAAAACACUUAGCUCAAAAUGUCCAGACCCUCUAAAACACUUAGCUCAAAAUGUCCAGACCCUCUAAAACACUUAGCUCAAAAUGUCCAGACCCUCUAAAACACUUAGCUCAAAAUGUCCAGACCCUCUAAAACACUUAGCUCAAAAUGUCCAGACCCUCUAAAACACUUAGCUCAAAAUGUCCAGACCCUCUAAAACACUUAGCUCAAAAUGUCCAGACCCUCUAAAACACUUAGCUCAAAAUGUCCAGACCCUCUAAAACACUUAGCUCAAAAUGUCCAGACCCUCUAAAACACUUAGCUCAAAAUGUCCAGACCCUCUAAAACACUUAGCUCAAAAUGUCCAGACCCUCUAAAACACUUAGCUCAAAAUGUCCAGACCAUCUAAAACACUUAGCUCAAAAUGUCCAGACCCUCUAAAACACUUAGCUCAAAAUGUCCAGACCCUCUAAAACACUUAGCUCAAAAUGUGCAGACCCUCUAAAACAUUUAGCUCAAAAUGUCCAGACCAUCUAAAAAAUUUAGCUCAAAAUGUCCAGACCAUCUAAAACACUUAGCUCAAAAUUUCCAGACCAUCUAAAACAUUUAUCUCAAAAUGUCCAGAACAUCUAAAACAUUUAGCUCAAAAUGUCCAGACCAUCUAAAACACUUAGCUCAAAAUGUCCAGACCCUCUAAAACACUUAGCUCAAAACGUCCAGACCCUCUAAAACACUUGCCCGAUGUAUUGUACUAGCCAUAGUCCAGGAAAUAAUGGUGAACACAGUGCGUGACCUUACCAGCUAUUAUAACCAUGAACAUGCAUUCAAUUAAAGAACUGUAUACGAUUCCCAAUUAGUGCUAACCCCCUUCCCGCACGCAGACAUCCCUAAACUAUAUUAAUAUUGUAAUGCACCCCCCCCCCAACACUGAUACAGCGCAGACUUAUUACACCAUUUCCGUAAAACUAAAGAAAAUAGUACGCACCAAAUACACUUGCGGUAUCUCAUCUGGUUCAAUUAUUGUGAACUUUAUUCAGCGAGAUCAUGUCUCGUGUAUCGUUAGUUGCUUUGUUACAUAGAGAAUCGUGUAUUUCGAUGAUAAUUUAGAUCUACUCUCAGUUGUUUAUCUAGAAUAUAUGACCUAGUAAUAUGAACAUAAAAUAAUCUCCAUCGUCCUGUAGUUUGAAAGCUACAUGACGUCAUCAGGUUGUGUCAUCCUUCCCCCCUCUCCUCUUCUUCCUCCCUCUCUACUUAUCCUCCAUCUCUGCUUAUCUUCCUUAUCUUCAUCAUCUUCUUCUGUCCACAUUUACCGGGAAGGGGUCACGGGGAGGUUCGUCUGUCGACUUUGAUGGUGUCCUUAACACAGUCGAUCCAAAGACUGCGUGGUCUCAUUCUGACCCUGAAACCGUCUGCUACCGAGGGUCUGAAGACGUCUUCUACUGAGGGCCUGAAGCCGUCUGUUACUGAGGGCUUGAAGCCGUCUUCUAUUGAGGGCCUGAACGCAGUCCCUUAUAUAUUGUAGGUUUGCAAUUGAGGCUAAUUGAUAGGCAUUCUGCCAGGUGACCAAAUCUCUUACUUCCUGGUUCCGAAUGUGCUACCUGCUCGCUUUACAGGACAUGGGUUCAACAUGAAGAUGUGUCUAGCUCAUGUGUGAAGACUGGACCUAGUGGACCAUGGGAAGAAUGGACCUGGUGGACCAUGUGAAGACUGAACCUUGUGGAGUAUGUGAACUCUGAACCUGGUGGAGCAAGUGAAGACUGGACCUGGUGGAGCAUGUGAAGACUGGACCUGGUGGAACAUAUGAAGACUGACCUAGUGGAACAUAUGAAGACGACCUGGUGGAGCAUGUGAAGACUGGAUUUGGUGGAGCAUGUGAAGAGUGGACCUGGUGGAACAUAUGAAGACGACCUGGUGGAGCAUGUGAAGACUGGAUUUGGUGGAGCAUGUGAAGAGUGGACCUGGUGGAACAUAUGAAGACGACCUGGUGGAGCAUGUGAAGAGUGGACCUGGUGUGGUGGAGCACGCAAAAGAGAUAAUUGCAUUAUCAAAUGGGGGCAAAAACUAGUGACAUUAAUGUGACGUUAAAUGCGUUAAGCGCACAGUGGGACACAAGAAACACCUCUGGUCAUCCACUGUAGCCUAGCCUAUCUUCCAGUCGUCUUGACCAAGUCUUGCCAUUGGUCAUCCACUGUAGCCUAGCCUAUCUUCCAGUCGUCUUGACCAAGUCUUUCCAUUGGUCAUCCGCAACACCCUUGUCUAUUUCCACUCAUCUUGACUUAGUGUUGCCACUGGAUCAAAAUAGGCUGGGACGAGAGAGUGAGGCUGACAAAUGGCACAACUAUCCCUCUCUUAGAUCAAAAUGAGAUGCAUGCCAUUGCGUCUAAGCUCUCCAACUGGUGACGUCAUUUGAUCACUGAAAUGGAGAAAGAAGUUAGAAAAGGUGCUUCAAACACAAAACAUCUUUUUCAUCAACAACAAGAACAAGCCAGAGGGACAGAGCAUGGUAGGAGAACAAGCCAGAUGGAUAGAGCAUGGUAGGAGAACAAGCCAGAUGGACAGAGCAUGGUAGGAGAACAAGCCAGAUGGACAGAUCAUGGUAGGAGAACAAGCCAGAUGGACAGAGCAUGGUAGGAGAACAAGCCAGAUGGACAGAGCAUGGUAGGAGAACAAGCCAGAUGGACAGAGCAUGGUAGGAAAACAAGCCAGAUGGACAGAGCAUGGUAGGAGAACAAGCCAGAUGGACAGAGCAUGGUAGGAGAACAAGCCACAUGGACAGAGCAUGGUAGGAGAACAAACCAGAUGGACAGAGCAUGGUAGGAGAACAAGCCAGAUGGACAGAGCAUGGUAGGAGAACAAGCCAGAUGGACAGAGCAUGGUAGGAGACCAACCCAGAUGGACAGAGCAUGGUAGGAGAACAAGCAAGACAGCAGAUUUUCCAAACGAAUAAUGUUCGAUGAACUCUCCAGAAGGAAACGCUCAGCUGGUGGACAGAAACAGCGCUUUAAAGACUGUCUAAAAACUUCACUCAGAUCCCUGGACAUCGACCUGAAUUCCUGGGAAAUACUUGCUAUGCAUCGUACAAGCUGGCGAGGCAGACUCACUAUUCAAUUACAAUCUUCAGAGAGUAACCGCACAGUGCUCACGCUAAGAGUAAGCGCACAACACGGAGAAGAAGAACCGAAUCAAAUCCAACUUGGACCUCAAAACAAGCUUUCCAGGCACCUUUGUACUCGCCGUUGAAUCUAAUAAAGCCUUGGUCAUCUUAGCUUGCACGCACACACAACAAACUAUGUGCAAGCCUCACCUUAAAUAUCUCAACUCGAAAGUGCAGAGUUUUUUCUCGAGAAUUUUAUUUCGAGCCCAAGCCUGACACUGGUAGACAUUUUCACAUAUGACACUGGUGGACAUUUUCACACCUGACACUGGUGGACAUUUUAAAAUCUGACACUGGUGGACAUUUUCACACCUGACACUGGUGGACAUUUUCAAAUCUGACACUGGUGGACAUUUUCAAAUCUGACGGGAAAUGAGAAAUUUAAAUAAGAAUUCUAACAAGUAGCCUCCCUACUAAGAUUGCCAAAAAUCUAGAUGAAGACCAAAAGCCACCUUAAUGAACACUGCCCAUCCUCCUCCUUAUACUCAAAAAUAAUCUGAUGAUUCUGGUUUUUCACACCUCUUUCUGCACACCACCGCAUAGUUUAGCACCGCGUUUGAAAGCGGGUGGCAAUAUCGGAAGUGACACUAUCAGCUAUGGGGCGGAAAGAGCCUAGCUUGAUAUAUUUGCCAGACUGUCAUGUGUCCACGUCCGAGCCGCCUGGCUGCACUCACGCGGCUGACAGCAAGGACGACACCAACAGAAUCACUCGUGACCACUGGUCAAGGCUAGUGUCACCUUUACACGACAAUUUUAGCCCUACUGACGAUGACUCGGACAGCGCUAGUGCAUGCAAGAAAGACUCUAACCCUGGAUUUGUAGACAAAUUACCGGAAUCUACUAGUCCUUCAUCGGGCUCUUCUAGUUCAGCUAAAUCAUCCAUUCGUGAGGGAGGACCUGGUCAAGACAACUUAAGAACAAGCGGUGCCUGUCCAGCACAACACAAUCAUGAUGUCGGCCAUGAGUGUAUGCAGCACAAGGUUUGUCCUCAUUGCCAGCCUCGUUGCCACUGCCCGGAGGUGUCUAACAAUGCUACCCUCAAAGCUAAAGACAGGAGGGCGUGUUUGAACCGAGGCGUAAAUAAGAAACAUAACAGGGCACACACGUGGGAAAGGGGCGCCUUAAAUGGCGAUGAAGGGUCGUGGAAUGCCAUGCCCAAAUGUCCGAAAAUUGACAACCUUAUCCUCGUCGAGCCUGAGACAGUUGCCCAUUUUGAUCCGGUCAAAAAAGCCCAGUUACGAAGGGAUGUUUCCGACUGCCUCAAGGAGGAGAUGAUGAGAGCGAAAGCCUGUGUUGAAAGGGAGACAAACCGCCACCGGAGUUAUUUUAAUUACAAGGGGAAAGAAAUUCUGCUCGACCCGCGAUCACGUGGGAAAGUGGAGAAAGUAGAUCAUCGAAAUGAGAAUUAUCUGAAUCGCCUUGACGACAUUCUAAAAAAGAAAUGCAUCGUAGAGGAAGACGAGCAGACCACGCACUGGGGCAAACACGGGAACGCGGAGAGACCUGGGUGCGCGUCCAGCAGAAGGAGAAGCCGCUCGUCCGGCAAGCAGCGGAAGAAAUGCUAUGGCAAAUUGAAACAUCAGUUGAUGAAUUUCCCCAGAUCUGACAAACUUUCAGUUUUCGAGCGGCUUUAUCAAGACGCGAAGCACAUCAAGUACGCAAACCGAGAAAAAGACAACGGCGCCGUUAAUCGUGAAAUAAAAUAUAAAAGGCACGUUUGCGGUCAUGAUGACAUGGGCGGCACCCCAUUCUCCCACCGAAGGUCGGGCGAAUCGUCCCCACACUCAUGCCACCACCUGAACCGGGGCGCAGAAGACCCACGGGGAAGCUGUUCGUUUAACGCGUUCAAACACGAUGAAGGCGACGUUGAUGAAAAGCGCAGACGAUUCAACGAAAAGCAGCUCGAGUUUUUGGAAAAUCUGCCAGAAGACUUUACAGUGCAAGAGUCAAAGUCUCUCAUCAAAGCCAUCGUGUCCAUCAUCCAGCGCAGAUUUUCAAACGAGUCUAAACAGAAAGACAACAGGAUCGAAACCAAGCACCAUGGCGGGGAGCGUGACUUCUGGAAAGAAAAUGGCCCAGAUAUAGGCAGAGCGGCUGAAAAGCAAUCUGCUCCUAAAAUCAUCUACUCAACACGGGCAUCUGACGUCGCUAGAAGUGUCUUCCACGGGGGUCCUCUGAAAGCUUCAGCCUCUGGUCAGUUUUCUAAGAGUAAAUAUACAGAGCCCAAAAAUAUAAUUCUUGAUGACGUAGCAGCGUCGUCCAAGACCAAUGGUCACGUGACAAACACCGGGAAAGUACCAUCCGACACGUGCUUGUCAACACGAGCUCUGCGAGUCGAUAGAUACAAUUUGAGGGAGGAAAUAGAUAAUAUUGUUCGACCAAAACAUAACAAACUGGACACCAUGCCCUUGAGCAAGUACGGCUCAUCUUUGGCUACAUGUCACGUGUUACGAGACUCCAGCCCGACAUUUAAAUACAGAGAUCUUCUGACAAGUGGCGCCCCCCUUCCCAAGACAAGGGCAAAGGACGGCAUCAGAACCUUUGCAUUCGACAACGACGACACGGCGGUGAGAUCGUUCAAGUUUCCUUUCAAGACAAGUUUGACGUCGAGGACGCCGUUCUCUUUUGAAGUGGAUGCGCCCCUGACAAGCACCAACGCAUCGUACAACAGAUCCCUUCCAUUUCCUGCACUGAUCACUUCUAAAAACAGCCGACUGCGCACGCGAUCCGAAACUCUGAUAAAAUCCAAUCCAUACCUGGACCUUGAUCCGCAAGCUUCGUUUUUCAAUCCCAUCCCACACGACGACACACUGAUGGACUACCCGACGAUACCCAAAUCAUCAGCUUUCAUCAAAGACAGGACAUUUUCGGGCAACUUUUCGGGCGGGGCGAAGAGUUCUUUCUUGAGAAUGAUGGAAGACAACGGCCCCCAGAAAUGCUGGCUGGACAAGGUCAACGACGAGCAGCAGAAGUUUGUGGACAUAUCGAAGGGAUUGGAUCGUUGCACCUUCCCCAGAACAGGAACUAAAUGCUUCGAUCAGCUUCGUGGAAGCGACCCCUUUCAUCUGCAGGAUUAUGGGGUGUCCCCCAAGCCGUGCCCACACGAUGUCACUUCGAUUGUCAGUCGUUACGGUGGUGAUGUCUACGUUAAGCGAGAAACGCGAGGUUUACACCGUGACCUACCCAGCGAUAGCUUCAAAGCCGCGAGACACAGUAGACAACGGUCGGCUUUGCAGGGUGUCAAGGUUAGUGACACACUUCGUGAGGCCUGCCUUGAGAACAUCGCCAGUUUGAAGAGUUUUAAUUCGGGCUUAGUGAAUGCGGGGACAAAUAAGCGAUUUUCAAUCAGCAAUUCGUUGGACCGUGACAGUGGUGAAUUUGAGACCGAACAUUCAAAGUUUGAUCUCGAGUCGUUCAAGAGAGCUAGAAGGAAACGUGACAGAUUUGACAGUUCUACGACUCGUAUUGACAGCAUAUGGGGGCCAACGUUGGGGGUACACGGGGACUUGGAUGAUUUAGAUGCACUGUCUUGCUCUGCGGAUACAAUUGACACUGCUAAUACUUCAAUGACCGCCCGUCUGACAGAAUUAAACCAACGCUUUCACAACAGCUCCAUUGAUGACUGGGAGAACAGGUAUUGCAAAGAAAACAACACUUCCAAUAUGACUGAACACAGUGCAAAAAGAUUAGUGACGCAUCAAGGGGGGAAGUUGCAUGAAGAUUUUAAUACGAGAGUUGAGCCAAGAGUUGAGCCAAGAGUUGAGCCAAGAGUUGAGCCAAGAGUUGAGCCAAGAGUUGAGCCAAGUCCAGAGAUAAUUGAAAUAAGUGCGCAUAAAACACCAUCCACUCCGGCGGUAGAAUUAUUUGAAUCUGCUAGCACCCAGACCUCUGAAAACGGUAAGGUUGAAGCAUCCCCAGGACAUUACGUCCCGAGAACCCCUGAUGACACAAACGCAGAGCCUCUGACUGUCCAGAAAAACUUGACGACACAAGCGAAUCCAGCCAAAGAUAAGUCACCAAACAGUUCCCACACCAGUGACAGUUCCUGCACCACGCCAUCCAUGUUACAGAGCCAUGCCGUGGGCUCCAAACCGAUUCCGGUUGUAGGUGAAUCUUUCAAAGGGCCAUUCUUGGCGGGAAGAUGUCCUGACAUUGCCACCCACAGCCUGGUGAAUGUGGAUAAGCCAGACCUGGGGAAAGCCCUUGCGAUCCUCGAGAACUUCUCCCCUAUCAAACCCGUGGACAUUCACACCAAGUACCCCCUCCUCCUCUCGCGCAGACUCGCGUCACAGCCGAAUGACUCCGGAACGUCCGAUGACAACAGCACCUGGACAGGGGUGAGCGGGUCAUCGUCCCCUCUAUACAAACACCCAAGUAAAGAUAGACAGUGCUCCAACAUUAGUCACCAGGCAUCGGCUCACGACGCCAACAGAUCCCAACCAAACGAUAUCAGGAGUAACUGCCCAGGUCAGGACGUUGACCCAAAGAUAUCGAGUAAAAAAUCUAACGAUUGGUCUGAGCUUGGUGCUCUCCGUGGGAUGUCUGCUCUUCAGUCUACUGACCCUUUAGAUGAGAUGUUAGCCCAUUUGGGAUCACGGCGUACACAACGUCGUGAGACUUUUCAACAAGAAGAUCCCAUGGAAAGUCAGAAGCAGUGCGAACCGCAUGGAGCCAGUGAUUUAAGUGUAUCUUCAAAAUCUGCUGCGUUGGAGCCCAGUGCCGAGGCAAUAAUAUCAAGAAUCAUGAAAUCCCGCAGGGAUCAAUUUGGCAUAUCACUUGCACACCCACCAACCGGAAACAGAAGCUCCAACGAUAUCGAAAGUAACAAAACGUUGUUAGACGGAGAUCCUGACAAUCCAAACAGCUCCUUGAAUCGCACCCUGGAUUCUGACACGUCUUCAGACAGACCGCCCAGCCUAGCGGGCAAUCAGCAACAUGACAGCUCAGUGGACGGGGAAGCUAAAACAUCGUCUGACGUCAUUCAGCAGAAGAGUGUGCAGCAGGGGCAUGCAACGAGGCAGGUGACCGGGGAGAAGAGUGUACAGCAGGGACAUGCAUCAAGGCAGGCGACCGGGGACAACGUGAGACUGGAUAAUGCUCCAGAGAUGAACGCCAGAAGCACAUCAAAUGAUGGCAUCAGAUCCGAUGGUAGUGGCGAUACGUUGACCGAAUCGGGUACCGGGCACGCUGAGAUUGUCAGGCACGCCCCCGACUCAUUGACGGCGUCAAAUAACGGCAGACGUAAUAUGAAAGAAUCGUUGCCCACUCUAAAGAGUUCAUCUGUGAAAAUAAUGUCUGACCAGCUGGACUCGGCUAUAAGUAGACACAUCGAAAAUAGAACGUUGAAGUCGACUGCUUCAAAAAUCAUGGUGAUUGACCUAAAACGGGCGAAAUCUGCCAAGAAUGCAGCCAGCUUUUCCAAAACUAAUCUUAAAUGUGUGAACAGUAUAAAGUCAGAUGUAUACAAACCGCCAAUGUGCUCCGAGAUAGCCGCUGUCCGUUCAUGUCAGGUGAAACCACGGGACACCCAUGUGAAAUCUGGGUCAUACAACGCUAACUGCCUGGAAGACUUGAAACACCAGAAGGACAUCGUUGUGAUCGACGUCCUCUCUGAGCCCCCCGGGACCCCUGAGCCUGUCACGGUCAAAGCGUACGCUGUCAACUCUGGGGUCCCCGUGAAGGUCAAGAACUACCAAACCAGAGUAUCUUCCCCAAGGUUUGUUGUACGGACGCUAGACUCCAAGGCUUCGGUCUGCGGAAACAUGUGCCGCAAGUCCGCGCAGGGAAAGGGAAUGAGCGGAUCUCAAAGCACGAGGCUCAAAAAGGCCCCUGCUUUGAAGUCGGUCCAGUUUAACUGUCCGCAAGACAACAGAAAAGUUGGCGUGAAGUUGAUUCCCCAAUCGUACACCAUCUGCGCGAACAAUAACAGCAAGAAGCCGUUGCAUUCAGACGGUGUCACCUUCAAAUCAGAUCUCGUCUGUUCCAACAGACGUUGGAUCGAGGCGAGCGGAAGUGACUCGUCGGUAACCUGUUCCGACCAUUUAACAGACGAUACCCACGACACGUCAUCGAAAGAUGAAGACGACGAGACGAGUGAAGUCAGUAACGACGACUGCGGUGACCACAAUAACUGUAACGUGUAUUACCUUUGUAACGGCGACAACAACAGUAGAACUGGCGACAGCAUGGUGUUUACUAUAGAGUUGUAUCAAUUUAUGUGUAAGUUUCACAAAACAGGUUUCGUGUUUUCUGCUGGGUUUUUGAGAAGUCAAAAUCAAUUUAUUUAUGACUGCUUACUCUGAUAUUUCUUGUAAUCAUGUCAAUUCUUAAUUACUGCUGAAUAAUUUUGAGCCAAGUCAAGAGGUAAUUAAAAUAAAUGCGCAUUAAAUAAACACCAUCAGCUCCGACCGUAGAAUUAUUUGAAUCUGCUAGCACUCAGACCUCUGAACACGGUAAGGGUGAAACAUCCCCAGGGAGAGAGUGAUAGGAAAAGUAAGAACAGAGAAAAUAAGGAAUUCUAUGAUGCACUUGUUUACUGUGGCUAAGAAGGGAGAAGAAGACACAUUUACAGUUUUGGGCCCUUUCGACACACCGUGUUUACAAAUAUUCAAAAUGUUCAGUAUCUACGACGUAUGUCCGUCUCGUGACAUUGCCAUAAAAUUUGUAUUCGGUUCAAUAACCUCUGAACCAGCUGCAGGAAAUUAUUUAGUGUUAAACCAUUUAGCUUUCUUUAUAUCUCAGUGUCAACAUUUCACAAAAGCGAAUUUUAAUAAAGUCUCAUUGUUUGUCACGUCGUUAACUCUCAUUGAAAGUCGCGUUAACUCUCAUUGUGUGUUAACUUUCAUUGUAUGUCACGUCGGAAACUUUCAUUGUAUGUCACGUCGGAAACUUUCAUUGUAUGUCACGUCGGAAACUUUCAUUGUAUGUCACGUCGGAAACUUUCAUUGUAUGUCACGUCGGAAACUUUCAUUCUAUGUAACAUUAAGUCUCAGUGUAUGCCACAUUAAGUCUCAUUGUAUGUCACAUUACGUCUCAUUGUGUGUCACAACUUUCAUUGUAUGUUAACUUUCAUUGUAUGUCACAUUAAGUCUCAUUGUAUCUCACGUCGUUAAGUCUCAUUGAAAGUCACGUUAAGUCUCAAUCUAAGUCACUUUUAAGCAUUGUAUAAGUCAUGUUCACACAAAAAGCUUCCACCCUCGUCUUUUCAUUGACAUUUCCAAGUAUCACCUAUAAGUUAACUUGAAUCAUGUCUUUAGAUCCAAGUUGUAUCAUGUCUUUAAAUCUGACGUGUAUCAUGUCUUUAAACCUGACUUGUAUCAUGACUUUGACCUGAAUUGUAUCGUAUCUUGAACCUGACUUGUAUCUUUUCUUUCAGACGACAGUACGAAAUGUCGACCAAGUUUAAAACUACUUGGUGAGCUGGCCUUCCAGUUGGAGAGAAGAAUUCUUGAUUACGUAUUUGGGAUGGUGAGUUGUGAGGCCUGUAUGUGGGAGGGUGGGUUGUGAGGCCUGUGUGUGGGAGGGUGGGUUGUGAGGCCUGUAUGUGGGAGGGUGGGUUGUGAGGCCUGUAUGUGGGAGGGUGGGUUGUGAGGCCUGUAUGUGGGAGGGUGGGUUGUGGGGCCUGUAUGUGGGAGGGUGGGUUGUGAGGCCUGUAUGUGGGAGGGUGGGUUGUGAGGCCUGUAUGUGGGAGGGUGGGUUGUGAGGCCUGUAUGUGGGAGGGUGGGUUGUGAGGCCUGUGUCUGUACGCCAAAUAUCAAUUUUUAUGUAAUCUUAACCGCGAUGUAACAGGUGGGAAAUAUAGAUGUUAGAUAAAGGUGUUAGAUAUAGAUGGUAGAUAUAGGUGGUAGAUAUAGGUGAUAGAUAGAUAUAGGUGAUUGAUUUAGAUGGUAGAUAUAGGUGUCGAUAUAGAUGGUAGAUAUAGAAUAAUAUAGAUGGUAGAUAUAGGUGAAAUAGUUAUAGUUAUAGGUGAUAGAUAUAGAUGGUAGAUAUCGAUGGCAUAUAUAGAUGGUAGAUAUAGGUGGUAGAUAUGGGUGGUAGAUAUAGAUGGUUGAUAUAGUUUGCAUUCCCUUCUCCAUAAAAAUCACCUUCAUACACUUAAACGCUACAACCCCAACAUCAGGGGGCGACAUAUAAGAGGGUCGUGGUGGGGGGUGGAUUCGUCAUGAUAUUUUUACGGACACAAAAUGAACUAAAUGUUUGAAAAUCUAUCGAUUUAAUGUGUACCAAAUGGCUUUCACAACUGUUUGAAGGAGGACUCCAAGCGUCGCCGAUUCUAUGGUUACACAGUGAGUAACAUUUUCUCCAUGAUGGAGCGCGAGACGAAAUUCCCUAAAGGCGGAAGUGACGUCAUAACUAAAAGCGAGCUAGCGGGAAGGCUUAAGAAAUUGCUUCAAGCUUUAGAGAGAUAUGGCUACAACAUAAAGGUAAGGCUUGUGACGUGUGAUGUGGCAAUUCUUUUCUAUUUAUACUUGUCUCCAUGUCGUUUGUAACAUUUUAAUUUCAAAAUUAUCAUUGGGCGUAGCAGUCAUAAUCGAGACUUCUCUUUAAGCAUACUUGUUUUUUUCAUUAAAAUGUCAAGAGCAAUCAAUUAUUGUUACAUCAUUCCUAACGAAACUCAUCUGUCCCAAACUCCAUUGUUGUUGAUUUUGCUUCUUGUUGUUUUGGGUUUUGUUGUUUUGUUGGUUUUUUUUUUGUUUGUUGCUUUUUGUCUUACUUCCGAAGUCUAUUGUUGCUGGGGAUUUUGUCAAGCCAACAUUUGUUGGUUAGGAAUCUCCUCAAAGAAGAAACCUUGCAUGGUCAGGUGGAAUGGUCAAAGCUUUUGAUAGUCACAAUUUAGUAUGAAAACCUAAUGUGUCAUAUUUGCAUACAGCCAAAGGGUACUAGUUUUUAGCAGUAAAUUCAUCUACUUCAUCAACUACUUGUCAAAAGUCAUCCUUUUCAUCCACUGCUUGUGAACAUCAUCUCCUCAGACUCAUGGAGAAUUCGCCCAGGAGAUGGUCAACAAAUACGGCCUGCUAGCCUGCCCUCCAGAUGAGAGCACCAUUGCACAGUUUGGCCUCAACGAUCCCAACGCAAUAGCUCACCUCAUCCAACAGUUGGCCCAAGGUCCCAGUGAGAUCGGCAGCCUCACGGUGCUACUCAACAGUCUCAAAUACCUAUCCAAAUGUGAUCAGAGACCAUUGUUCAUAUGGUGACGCGGUUCCC